GAGAUACAAAUAGUGGACUCCCAACUCCUGAGCUGAAGUUUGCAAAGCUGGCUUCUGAUUUAACAGAACAUUUGCAGUCAAUCCCAAAAAACAUUCAACUAAUGAAUUAACCAUAAACAAAGCCAAAAUGUUUCCCUCGGGUGAGAACACAACUUUCCCCGUGUCAGAGAACUGUCCCAACUGCAGCUCCUCUUCCUAUGCUGAUAUGGAUAACACUAAGGCUGUGACCCUGGGUCUGGUGCUGGGAGUGUUUGUCAUCUUCGGGGUUCUAGGUAACAUCCUGGUCAUUCUGUCUGUGGUGUGCCACCGCCACCUGCGCUCUGUCACACACUACUUCAUCGCCAACCUGGCAGCAGCCGACCUGCUCCUGAGCUCCACCGUGCUGCCCUUCUCUGCCACUUCGGAGGUCCUGGGGCGCUGGGUGUUUGGCCGGCCAUUCUGCAGUGCUUGGGCUGCCUUGGAUGUUCUCUGCUGCACUGCCUCUAUCCUCAGUCUGUGUGUCAUCUCUGUGGACCGCUACUUUGCUGUCAGCUACCCGCUGCGCUACCCGGCCAUGGCCACUGGGCGGCGCGGCCUGGUCGCAGUGACAGCUCUCUGGGGCCUCUCAGCAGCCAUAUCCGUGGGUCCGCUCUUCGGCUGGAAGGAGCCCGACCCAGAGGACGAGACUGAGUGCCGGAUCACAGAGGAACCGGGUUAUGCUAUUUUCUCUGCCCUGGGGUCGUUCUAUGUGCCACUGGCUGUCAUUCUGGCCAUGUACUGCAGGGUGUAUGUGGUGGCCAAGCAGAAGUCCCGGGACCUGAGGGAGGGCAGGAAGAGUGAGGGGGGGAUGGUCACGAAGGAAGAGGGAGUGACACUGAGGAUCCAUCGUGGAAAUGCCCCUGCUGUGACAGAGGGCCAGGAGGAGGAGGGAGAAAAGGGCACCAUUCGGCGGAGACGCACCACCUUCGCCCUUAUGCGCCUGCUGAAGUUUUCCCGGGAGAAGAAGGCAGCCAAGACACUGGGCAUUGUGGUUGGCUGCUUCGUUCUCUGCUGGCUGCCCUUCUUCCUGGUUAUGCCCAUCGGCUCCAUAUUCCCAUCGUACAGGCCACCUGACACCGUCUUUAAGAUCACCUUCUGGCUGGGCUACCUCAACAGCUGUAUCAACCCCAUUAUCUAUCCCUGCUUCAGCCAGGAGUUCAAGAGGGCAUUCCUCAACGUUCUGCAUGGACGCUGUCUCAGACAGGGGGGCAGGAGCUCCAAAUCUUUGGGGUUUGCUUCUUCCUAUGGUACCAGUCCUGGUCCAUCGUCUCUUAUCAGAUCCAAGCCUCCCCCUUCCUCCUCCAGCUUCUCCACCAAGCUCCGCCAAGGCCCCUCCCCAGCCUCUCCCUCCUUGGGCUGCUGUAGGACCUUCUCUGGCUCCUCUUCCUCAGUGGGGGUGCCAGGCCACACCCACAUUGCUCGGGUCCAGAGUAAAAGCCUGCUGAAGGCGUGGUGCUUUGCAGCGGGGGAAAGACCGCCACCAUUGGGUGCUCCUUGCCAAAGCCCUUCAGCCCUUGCUACAUGUCAAGCCAAAGUCCAUCGCCUCACCAUGGGAGUGAAAGGGGAGGCAGUGUGACUGGGAGCACUAAAGGUUGCUGGAUAGUAAAAAAACUAAAAUUCUAGGAAAAUAUGUGAUUGUAAUUGGCGUGAAGUUAAGUCAUAUCUAUAGACUUGCUGGAGUCAGUCUAGCUAUUAACAUUAGACUGAUGUCUGAUGUGUCUUCAGGUUGCAGGGAUUGGGAGAUAGAACACUGCUCUCAAGGAGACAGUAACACACCUGGAGGUAGAGAUGUACUGUACUGUAUGUGCUGUGAUGCAGUGUAUAGAUAGGAAUCCAAAUGAGGAUACACAGUGUCGGUGUCAGAACAGAAAUUGAAUACAGAGUACUGAGUUAGUACAGAGAUUGAAUGAAAACAUGUGCUUUCUGAUCACUGAAGAGCAGUGGUGGAAAAAUGACCCAAUUGUCAUACUUGAAUAAAAGUAAAGAUAACUUUACUUGAGUCAUUUUCUAUUAAGGUAACAGUCACCUGAGUAAAAUUCUACUUGAGU